AUGGAGUACAGACGCCUUUCACGUUGUGGUGUCGAUGGGUGCAAGCAAACGCUCUUUUACCUGGACGAUGGGCAGUGGUUUUGCAAGAAUGGGCAUCUAAGAGAGGGAGAGCUCGAAGUAGCUGCGGACGACGAAGGCUUUGGCACGCAGGGAUCCAGAGCUGCCGAAGCGACGCAGGAAAGGGAAAAAAAGGGAAAAGUGCUCCGUGGUCGAAAGGGCUUUGAGUUAUUCCUUCAAUGCUAUCAAUUAAUCCUCAGGAAACAAGUUCACUGGCUAGUGUCUGAGAAGCGCUUCCCGAGAGAACUCGAGAUCGUUGUCCGGGAUUUGUGGGCUCUCCAACUACAAAAAGUCUCCACUACAGUUCCUACGACCGCAGAUGAUCCAACGAAAAGUAGGGAUAGGUAUGAUGGUGGUGACGAAUAUGAUGAUGGUGAUGAUGGUAGAAACCUGGACGGAUCGGGUGACGUUGGGUCUUCAUCGGCGGGAUAUUCUUCUCAGUCUUCGUACUUGUACACGAGUGACGACUCGCAGUCUACGGCUCAGAGCAGGAAUUCACAGGGUACACAACGGAGGAGGAGGAAGAGGAGGGUACCGAGAGCUGCGGAUAGGCCAAAGUUGGUUGGAUCUGUGGGGAUUUGCUAUCUAGGGUUGAUUGUGCUUGGUGUUGCGGUAUCGCUGGGGGAUAUUCACCGGUGGGUCGAGGAGCAGGGUAUUGUCUACUUGAGAGCUAUAAACGAGAUUCCCAGUGAAAUGAAGCAAAGGCUUGAUGCAGAGUAUUACGUUGCCUUGGACCCAAGAGUUUGUUGUCUCCUCCCUCUCUCCCUUACAGGGGUUCGUCCGACGCUAGGAUUACUUCAUUCAACAGUUCAAGGACUGGUGAUUAUGUAUCAGGUCACUUUUGGAAUGGCAUUUCCUCCAUUAAACAUCACCCUACUUGUAUUCGGGUUUAUGAAAGCGCUAGGUCUUCCUCUGGAAAUAUACUACGGUUUCAAACGCCUCGCAAACCUGAUCUCUCUCCCAUUCAUGUGGAACGGCCUCAGGUACCGCGGGCGAGUCACCAAUUGGCCCGAAGCCCGUUUAAUGGCCCUCCUGAUAAUAUCGACAAAGCUAUUAUACGGCCUCGAUGGGGUAAAACGUACGCCUAAAUCUGCAGUCGAGCCGGCAGCUACAGGGUUGAAAUGGAGAGCAUGGGAUGGGUACCUGCGAACUAGUAACGCUGAGCAUCGAGGACUUCUCAGCGGGAACGUCACACCAGGAAGUGAAGGAGGGGAAAGAGGGAGGGGAGUGGGAGGGAAAGACUUGGAAGUCGAUGUGGAGGAGAAGGACGUAUUCGACAUGACCGGAGAGGAAUUGGAUAGAUAUAUGGAUUGGUUCGAAAAGAAUUGGGCAGAUGACUCUAAUACACCCCUUACUAAACAGAUAAUUGAUUUAUUCCCUACUGGCCGCGCGGCGGCUGAGAGAGCUGGAGUCCACCAAGCCUACGAUGGGCCCCGGAGUGGGGCUCCCGCAGAUAAACCGGCACAACAUGACCUUACGGAUGAAAGGCUGCGAGAGCUAAAUUCUCAAUUCGAGAUAUACCCCGCCCAGCAGCAGCCAGAAGAAGAGGAGGGGGAAGAGGACGAAGAGCAGCAGCAGCAGGGGGAGGGGGAUAAUUACUCGUCACCACAACCACAACCACAGCGAGGAGAGCUCGUAACCAGACCGGGAGGUCAGUACCUUUGGCAUUCAAUCCCGACGGAGUUGCCUGUUGAGCAACAGACUCUUCUACAAGCUGGAGCGGACCUGUUGGCUAUCACCAGGGAUGAUUUGGCUAGGAUUAUUAAGGUUCUAGAAACCCAAUUCAGGGAUCUGGUUAAAAACCAAAGGAGGAAGGAGAUGCGAGAGAGGAGGAGAAUGGAUGUUGAUUGACAGACAAUACCCUGACUGAUAGGAGACGGAAGCUAUAGAAUAUGGGGCAUCUGAAGCAUGGCUUCUUACUACAAUACCGGUAACCUAAUUUUUUUUUUCUAUAG